CGUUCUCUACGUAGUAGUAAGCAAGACGUUCUUUCUGAUACACAAGCUGUAUGCGCCCAAAUUGCCAAUGAUCUCAUGCAAUUCGCUAAUGGACGAGUUUUCAUCGACUACCUCUAUCCUGAUGACGCUUCAAAGAAGAUGAUAAGGAGUACCGCUGGUGGAUUGAUCUCGAAUGUCAUUCACUCAUUCCAAGGAAUGGUAGAUCAAUUGGAUUGGAUGACUGUUGAUACAAAGAGAAAAGCCUAUAACAAGACUAUGGAAAUAAUCGAAAACAUCGCCUUCCCUGACUGGAUCAUGGACAACAAGCAGCUUGACGCAUAUUAUCAGGAUCUCAAAUUUGAAAAUACUGACAACUAUUUUGAUAUGUAUUCUAAGCUAAUAAUAUUUAACAUAAGGCUACAGUACAAGCAGCUAACGUUACCCCAGACCGAUCGUUCUGACUUCCUGGGUCAACCUGGAACUGUUAACGCUUGGUAUCAGCCUGAACUGAACUCGAUAACAUUCCCAGCUGGUAUUCUUCAACCACCAUACUUCCAUCCUUUAUGGCCAGCGUCCAUCAAUUAUGGUGGUAUGGGUAUCGUCGCAGCAAAUCAAUUUCAGGACAUGAACUGA